AACUUGAGCACUAUCUUUCUCCAUUCCCAAACCACGAUGAAGCUCUUUUCCUUCGUAAUAUUUUCAACCCUUUUUCUCAAACAAGGUCGCCUGGUUAUUGGAGACGUUGGUACUGCUGCAUCUUAUGGACCACCAUACAUACCUACUGCUUGCGGUGGAAACAGAGCAGGGCAAUUUCCUCCUGGAAAUCUAUUUGUAGCUGUGAAUGAAGGAUUAUGGGAUAAUGGAGCAGCGUGUGGAAGGAGAUACAGAAUAAGGUGUGUGAGUGGAAACAACAGACCAUGCAAAGGUGGUAGCAUCGAUGUCAAAGUGGUAGAUGCUUGUCCUGGCUCACCUUGUCCCAACAGCCUCCUCAUGUCAAAUGAUGCCUUUGCAGCUAUUUCACGCUUCCCUCAUGCAAAAAUCAACAUUGAAUAUACCCAUUAAUGCUGUUCAUACAGGAUAUGACUUUACAGUUGCAGUGCACUACUCAAACAAACAUCGUUAAGGACAAGGAAUAUAUGAGCUGGUGAUUUUGUUGAAGAAAUUCUCAAAGCAGAAUGUGAUGAUGCCAUGCAAAAUUGUGCUGCCUUGGAACAUCUUAUGUACUUGAAAUAACGUUGUCGACAGUAGCGUUAGUAAACUGUCAAUGUACUUCAGUAAGGAAGAUUUUUACUUCUUGGAGCCAAAACAUUGAUCCAAUGAAACGCGAUUUUAGCUUAA